GAUGCUAGGGUCAAAGCUGAUACAAGCUAUCUGGAUCUUCCAGGAAAAGGACACAGAAAGUGAUGCAGAGAAUAUGCCCCAAUAUUUACAUAGGAAUAUCUGAUUGGAAGAAGAAUAGUGAUACCUUUCAGACCUGUAGAAUAUUCCUCUAAACAUUUUUUGUUUAUUAGAACACUGCUCAGAAUCUACAUGUUUGAAAUCAGAGCAUCUGUUUAUGACCUCUCUGAAUGAGACCUGCAGAACAUCACCCCAAUUCUUCACAUGGACUUGCAAAUCUUUAUUCUGGGAUACCCUCACUGAAACCUGCAGAGCAUCACUUCAUGACCCCCCUUUCGUUUAGACAUGCAGAUUAUCUCACCAUGUUCUCCCUCGCUGAAAUCUGCAGAGCAUCACCACACAAUACCCCAUGCUGAGAGCUAAAGAGGAUCCCAAUACAGUCACUCAUGAGGACCUGCAGAGUAUUGUCCCACGUUAUCCAUCAAUGACACUUGCAGAAGGUCACUCUGUGACCCCCUCUCUGAGAUCUACAGAAAUCACUCUGGUGUCUCUCUCUCUCAGUGGUCUGCAGAACAUCACUCCAUGAACUCCCUUUCUAUAAGCCGCAGGACAUUGCACCAUCAGAUCUCUCUCUAAGACUGUCAUUGUCCUUCUUAGCCACAAAAUAUAUUGCUCUGAUAUCAUAUUCUCUGCAAGUUGCAACUCAUCCAGUAGACUUUAGAUAUUGAUAUCCUUAAAAACAUUGAUUUUUUAUUGUACUUGUCACAUUUGUACAAUAUGCAGGGACAGCAUCCUUGCCUUAUGACAUAAUAAAUAUCUUUCUUAAUGUUUGAGAAGGGCAUGCAUGUUUGUGAGGCUUAGGAAGGAUACUCAGGAAAACUCCAGCAGACGUGUUCCAAGAUACCCAGGCUUUCUUCAUGCCAACUCACCCAGCUGGCUCAUGGAUUCCUUCUGUUUCAUAUGCUUUCACAAGAAGGCUCUGCAGCAGCUGCCAGGCACAAGUGGGAGCAUGAGCGCAGGAUCUGUGGAGCAAGAACCAGCACGGAAGAUAGGCUGCUGCGGGGUACCCGUGAUCACGGAAGACAUGCAGGCGCUGGCGAUACGCAGCCUGUCUGGGGGCGAAGUUCAGAAGCAUUAUGAGCUGAUUAGGGAACUGGGGAAAGGUACCUACGGCAGAGUGGAGCUUGUGUCCCACAAAAGCACAGGCAACAAGAUGGCUUUGAAAUUUGUGAAUAAGAACAAGACAAAGCUGAAGAGCUUCUUGAGAGAGUUUAGUGUGACCAGCGCUCUCUCCUGCAGCCCCUUCAUCAUAAGAGCAUUUCAUGUCCUGUUCCAGACAGAGGAGUGCUACGUUUUCGCUCAGGAGUAUGCUCCAGCGGGAGACCUUUUUGAUAUCAUCCCUCCGCAGGUCGGUCUUCCAGAGGACAUGGUAAAGCGCUGUGUGCAGCAGCUAGGUCUUGCUUUAGACUUCAUGCACAGCAAAAGUCUGGUUCAUCGUGACAUAAAACCUGAGAAUGUCCUUCUCUUUGACCGGGAGUGCCGUCGGGUAAAACUAGCUGACUUUGGUAUGACAAGGAAAGUUGGCUGCCGUGUGAAGAGGGUAAGCGGCACAAUUCCAUACACUGCACCUGAGGUUUGCCAGGCUGGACGCUCAGAGGGAUUCCCAGUAGAAACAAGCUUGGAUGUCUGGGCUUUUGGGGUGCUUAUCUUCUGUGUUCUUACUGGAAACUUUCCUUGGGAGUCUGCAUCACCUGGAGAUGCAUUUUUUGAGGAGUUUGUACACUGGCAGAAGGGACGUCUACCUGGACUUCCCUCACAAUGGCGCCGGUUUUCUGACAAUGCUCUGCGGAUGUUUCAACGCCUUCUAGCGUUGGAGUCAGAAAAAAGGAGCCCUGUUAAGGAGGUUUUCUUCUACAUUAAGUAUGAUCUGCUUUCUGAGGCAAGACGUAGACCUUCUUACCGCUCUAGAAAGCAUACUGGAGAUAAAGUUCCAUCAGCACCACAACGUCAUGAAAACCCAACCCCUUUGAAGAGGACAAUUCUCACUGAAGGAGGCUCAUCCCCUCGUGCCCCUCACACUCUUCCAGAGUCUAGCCAGGCAUCUUCUGGUACUGGCAGGACCGAUGGUCGACAAGAUAAAAGCAAAGCUCAGAUGCUGCUAGCCACUGCAAUUGAGAUCUGUGUAUAGAGGGUUCUUGUUGGAUGCUGACACUUUAUGAUCUGAUAUAAUUACUCCCAUAUGAGUCCAUUUCUUGUUCAGGACUUAAACGAUACUGUCUGUAUGGGGAGAAAACAGUCUUGAGCCUAUAAGCAAAAAAUAUAUAUAUUGUUGCACAGGUGAAGGAAUUAACUAUUUAGCCAGCUUUAGGACAGUGGGUAAAAGAGCUGCUUAAGCAGAUCUUGAAAAUAAAGACAUUAAAAGUA